AUGGCGACCAUUCCUUCUCACGAAGAACUAUCACUCUUCUCUUCUCCGUCGUUCAAAACCACCAGCUCCUCUGAACCUUCGUUCAUUCAUCUCCCGGAGAAAAGAUCCCGAGUAGCUACGAAAGCUUCUCUCACUAGAACCAACGAGGCUUCUUUAUCUGCCGUCAUCUCCAGGCUCGAGCGUGAACGGAAAGGAUUAACCGGCGGCGGCGGAGAACAGUGGCAUACGGCAGAGGAUUUCCGUCGGCGCGAUAAAAUAACCGAGGAAGAGAGGAGGCUUAGAGACACAUGGCGUAAGAUCCAAGGAGAAGACGAUUGGGCCGGGUUAAUGGACCCAAUGGACCCGGUUCUCAGAUCGGAGCUGAUCCGUUACGGCGAAAUGGCUCAGGCCUGUUACGACGCCUUCGACUUUGAUCCUUCCUCGACGGCAACCCACGUCGAGUGUAAUCUUCACUUUGGUCACACAUUGGGUCUGUUGAUUUUUGAAAGUAUUUGA